GUCAAGCGUUGGUGUGUCUCUGUGUGUGUGUGAAGAAUAAGAAUAUGAUUAAGAAUCGAAGCAGGUGUGUUUUUAGAAAGUGUUAAAGUAACAAAUGUAGCGCAGGGCAGCGAGGCUGGGGAGCUCGACGGAUUGGCUGUUCACACACACUCACACACACACUCUCUCUCUCUCACACACACACACACACACACACACAUACACACACACAGGCAGGGGCUCGAGACACAACCGGGGGCAGGUCGACACGCCGAGGAAACCAUCACCGUUUCAAUGAAGAAAAAAAAGGGGCCGCUAGCCUCACUGUCAAGAAUAUGUGCUGAGGUUUUCUCGGCCUAGUGCUGCUGCUGCUGCUGGGAUUUGCUGAGCUGCUCUCACAUAUUGGGGAAAAAGGCCGAUUUGACCGCAAAAGCGCAGGUAUUUUGGUGCCCACGACCGCGAGCGCAAAGUGAAUGUUGUCUCUGGUAGCUGAUUCAUACCUUCGGACCUUCAGCAGUCCUCCAGAAAAGACGAAACUCCUCAGUGUCAUCUCAUGGAAACCAACGUCACCCAUCUUAGUCAAGGUGCCUGGCCUCGAGCCCAGCCCUCAAGUUUCACUUUCACUAAGGACAACCGAUUCUCUUAACGUUCCUUGAUCGGCCUCCAGACCUUCAGUAAGAACAUUCCAGAUCUGCUUUUCACAUCCACAGGAAUGAGUUGACUCCAUGGCGCAUUGAGCUUUCUGAGUCAUCUCUGUUACAAAACAUGAACACAGCUUUGCCUGACACUAGAACUGACAAUAACGUUUGCAUGUCUCCUCCCAGUCCAGCAUUCAGUCUCGAUUCUUCAAGUCCAUUUGCAAAUGGCUUACACUUUGAGUCCAUUUUGUUUGAGGACGAUGAGGAAGACGACGACACGGGCCCAAGGUCGUUGCCUGAAAAGCCGCGUAGCAGCUUUAUAAACGAUAUUGCUACGACUACAAAUCCGAAGCAAAAAUCCAACAAUUCCGAUCGACACUACAGUGGGUCUAAAGGCAAACAAAGGACGAAGGCCUGUAUGUCAGCGAAGCAAGAUGAAAACCAUGAAGAAGAGUCAGGUGGUGACUGCGAUCCAGUUUCUCUGGAGGGUAUCCGUGAUGACGUUAAGUCGAAUCAGAUGAACAACUCAAAGUCAAAAGCUCUUCCAUCGCUAAAGUACCUAGAAGGUGAAGUGAUAUGGGCGAAGUUUAACCGGAGGCCGUGGUGGCCGUGUCGUGUCUCCGCUGAUCCUGCGUUGGAAACGUAUCACAGAAUAAAAGAGGCGAGCGAUAAUCCCUGUCGUGAGUAUUACAUCAAGAAGUUUGGGGAACCUGAGGAACUGGCCUGGGUCUCGGAGAAAGCCAUGCAUAUAUUUUUUGGUGGAUAUCAGUUCCACAAUCUGCCUGGUCCGAAAAGAGGGGUACCCAAGCGCUUUCUAGACUCUUGGAGUUGUAGUGUUGCCGAGGCUGAGGCAUAUUUCCUGGAUAAGUCCAGGAUGCCUGUUAUAACAUCGGAAAUCACAGAAAAGAGCUCAGCUGAGGAAAAAACCAAAGGUCAAGAUGACAAGGUGUCUGACUCUAUAUUGCGCCUGGGAAUUCCUGGAAACCAAGCAAAUGGGAAGAUUUCACAUAAAGAUAAAAACAUCACCCUUAUGAAGUCGAAAUGCAAAAAGAAGCAAAGGAAGUCCUCAGCAGCGCUUUUUACAAAGUAUGACAAGUUCGUCUGUGAGAAGACCGAGGUGGACAAUCCUUAUUCCGACAUCGACUCUGUGCCGCAAAUCCGACGAUGUCUCGAAGGCAACGGCCGACCUUUGCUGACCUGCUCUACCGAUCGACCUAUGAGCAGCCAAAACGAUAAAGAAACAAAGAAAAAUAUUGAGGUCCAGGGUGGUCUGUGGUUCAGUAAAGUGGGCAAAGGACAAACCAGUGGGGUAUUUAGUCGUUCGGGAAUUAAAUCUGUUAAUUGCUCCUUCGGUAAAGUAUCAUGUAAGAUCAAAAUCCCGGAGUCGGCAAGUGUGAAGUCCAGAGACAACCAAGUCACAGGAUCUGAACACCAGUCUGGAGAAGCCAAGAAAGUUCUUGAUAAGAAAGUCUCGUGUCUUCCAGCUAGCAGUCGAUUGAUGACUAGAGCACUAAAAGCGCUGCAAGAUGCUCAGCUCCAGCAGACGUCUAGCCGAGAACUCCAACAAACUCUGCCAAGUAGUGAAACCGACAACGACGUCUGCGUUUCGAGACUCGGGUCCGACGAAAAGACCAAAGCAAAACCGACCCCCCAGAACAUUUCAGCCGAUUUAAAAGCACAUGUAAAAUUGAACGCGAUGUCCAAGGUGUCUGUAGAUCCAUCUGAUUUGGAAGACAAGGAAGUGGCUGUCAAAUCAGAGGUCGAAUCUUGUUUGAUAUCACCUGUGCCGGUUGGUUUUAACGCCUCGAACCUGAAACAGGAGAAGCAAGUAUCUGAUGCGGCAUCUCCAUUUCAUGUAAAUAUACAAGACGGCGAAGACAUGAAAGAAAUAACCUUUAAGUCACUGGAAACAGAAAAAAACGGAAAGUCGACUGUAUUUCGUCCAGACGCAAAUUAUAAAUACAGCACGUUCCUGAUGAUGUUAAAGGAUAUACACGACAGUCGAGAAAAAGAUGGCCAACCCUUGGUCAUGGAACCUUUACCUCCAAAAAAGCUCAUUAAAGAGGAGCCGUCCAUGGUUUCAGAAAAAGACCUAAAUAGUCGUUUCGGUCUUGUUAAAGACAAUAACGAGCACUGCAAGUUGCCACGUCUUAAGAAGUACGGACCGAGCAAGACAUCUGGUCCAAAGUCCAAACAAAACAAAGCGAAUGCAAAAUAUGGUGCCGAGAUGGUAGAUGGUUGUGUUGUUCAACCGUGCAAGAGCAUUUCUAAAAAACCUAGCAAAAAAAGUCAACCUGCCAUAAAGAAGAGUCAUAAUAACGUCUACCUACCUUCCGAGGCAUCGCCAGAACACAGCGUGUGCAGGAAGUCGGAGAUUGCACAGACCCCGAGGUGCAACUUCCUCAACCGGGACUCUGAGAAAAAAUUUUUCGGCAGUGUACCUAAAAAACGCUGGCAGAAGUUUGAACAGGACAGAGAAAAGAUGUCACACUCAGAAAACAAAAGUGAUCCAGGACCAGGACAAACGCUGCCAAGGCUCGUGGAGCCGGAGCCCGGUACCGAAAAGACAAAUUUGCCGUCUUCCUCAUCAGCAACGGAGACAUCUUUAAACACAGCAAAAGUAUCCCCGAAUACCUGUGAGGUUUCUAAUUUCCCCACAGAGAGCAAACGUAUCAGAAAGCCUAGCAAAAGACUAAUAGAAUGGACAGAAGAAUACGAUCAUAUAUUUGCCACUAAGAAGAAAGCGAAAAAGCAACCGGAAUCCUUGCAGAAGGUCAGUAAAAACAGUUCUGUUAAUAUCACUGAGAAAUCCUUAGCCACACAGCAACAUCCAGGAGCGAUACCGUGCGUGCCGAACCCCUUACCCGAAAUCCAGACUCCUCCACCUGAAGAGAGGUCUAAGACUCCACCCACGAUCGAAAAUAUUCCAUGUCAAGAAAGUCAGGUUACGGCUGUAGACACGCUAACUCCGCCUCCAGAAACAGAAUCUUCCCUGUACGGAGAAAAUUGCUUUAAGGACCAGCUUACGGUUCAGAAUUGUUCCACCACCGGUGAUGGCGCCUGUUUAAGCACAAAGAGGCAAAGGAAACCCACCAAGAAAAUUCUAGAGAGUUCAAUCGAACCGAUUCCGACGCCUAAAAAGAAGGUGAAAUCCCAGAGGAGCAGUUCAUCAGGGCAUGCUGCUCAUUCAGGCUCAGGACAAUCGAAAAAUAAGAGCAAGCAGCCUGCUGUAUUCACUCCUGAAGAGAGUGCCCCAGUUUCAGAGAGUACAGAAAGGGAGGCAGAUAUCACUCCUACGAACCCUGAAACACUUAACCCUGAGACCGCCAAAUACCAGGACAGCAAAUACGCUCCAGUGUCUGAGAUAUUUGGCCCUGAUGACUGUCCUGAGAUGAAAAGUGAAUCUGCAGAAAACAGACUGUCAGUGGAGAAAGGGAAUGGGGUUGUACUGAAAGACAGUAUUUGUCAGGUUUGUGAGAAACAGGGAGAGCUGCUGCUGUGUGAAGGUCAGUGCUGCAGCACGUUCCACCCUCAAUGCGUCGGUCGGACGGAACCUCAGCGCGCCAAGUUUCUGUGUCAGCAGUGCACUUCUGGUGUCCACGAAUGCUUCAUGUGUAAGAAGCUGGGAGACGACGUGAGGCGCUGCAUGGUCAGUGCAUGCGGGAAGUUCUACCACGGAGAGUGCGUAGCCAGCCACGCCCUCACCGUGCCUCUAAACCGAGGCUUCCGCUGCUCACUCCAUGCUUGUCUCACCUGCUUCAUCACCAACCCGAACAACCCGUCUGUUUUUAAAGGUCGACUGAUCCACUGCGUCAGAUGCCCCGUCGCGUACCACGCUAGCGAUUACUGCAUCCCUGCCGGCAGCGUCGUCUUGUCCCCUAACAGCAUCGUCUGUCCCAACCAUUUCACUCCAAGGAAGGGCUGCCGUAAUCACGAACAUGUCAACGUCAGCUGGUGCUUCGUUUGCUCAGAAGGAGGCAGCUUGCUCUGCUGUGAGUCCUGUCCGGCGGCUUUUCACCGCGAGUGUCUGCACAUCGACAUGCCUGAAGGGAGCUGGUUCUGCAACGACUGCCGCGCGGGGAAGAAACCGCACUACAAAGAAGUGGUGUGGGUAAAAGUGGGUCGAUACAGAUGGUGGCCUGCUGAAGUUAGCAACCCAAAGGACAUUCCAGAAAACAUCCUGCGAAUGAGGCACGACGUCGGAGAGUUUCCGGUCCAUUUUUUCGGUUCCAACGACUACCUGUGGACCUACCAGGCUCGGGUCUUUCCCUACAUGGAAGGCGACGCCAACAAUAAAGAAAAAAUGGGAAAAGGAGUGGACUCCAUUUACAGGAAAGCUUUGGAUGAGGCUGCGGAACGAUUCCGAGAACUGCAGGCAGAAAAGGAACUCCGGCAGCUCCAGGAGGACAGGAGAAACGACAAGAAGCCUCCUCCUUACAAACACAUUAAGGUGAACCGACCGAUCGGCAAAGUGCAGAUCAUUACGGCCGACCUGUCCGAGAUCCCACGCUGCAACUGCAAAGCAACAGACGAGAACCCCUGUGGCAUGGACUCGGAGUGCAUCAACCGCAUGCUGCUCUACGAAUGCCAUCCUCAGGUCUGCCCAGCGGGGGAAAAGUGCCAGAACCAGUGCUUCACCAAGCGCCAGUACUCGCAGGUGGAAAUCUUCAGGACGUUGUCUCGAGGCUGGGGCCUGCGCUGCGGUCACGACAUCAAGAAGGGUGCAUUUGUAAGCGAGUACGUUGGCGAGGUGAUUGACGAGGAGGAAUGCCGGGCCCGGAUCAAGCAGGCACAGGAGAACGACGUCGGGAAUUUCUAUUUGCUCACAUUAGACAAGGACCGUAUCAUCGAUGCUGGACCUAAAGGAAACCAGGCCAGAUUCAUGAACCAUAGCUGCCAGCCGAACUGUGAGACUCAGAAAUGGACCGUUAACGGAGACACCCGGGUCGGACUUUUUGCACUGGUGGACAUCGCUGCUGGUAAAGAGCUGACCUUCAACUAUAACCUGGAGUGUCUGGGCAACGGGAAGACGGUGUGUAAAUGCGGUGCGCCCAACUGCAGUGGCUUUCUAGGUGUAAGACCAAAGAAUAAUCCUCCCGCCGACGACAAGGGCCGUAAGAUAAAGAGGAAAGCUUACGUCAAGCGUAAGUCGCAGCAAGGACUGACCAAGGAGCGAGAGGAUGAGUGUUUCAGCUGCGGAGACGGCGGACAGAUGGUCUCGUGUAAGAGACCCGGGUGUCCGAAGGUCUAUCACGCAGACUGUCUCAACCUGACCAAGAGACCUGCAGGACGUUGGGAGUGUCCUUGGCAUCAGUGUGACCUUUGUGGUCAGGAGGCCGCCUCGUUCUGCGAGAUGUGCCCCAGUUCCUACUGCGUGGAGCAUCGUGACGGCAUGCUCUUCAUCUCCAAGCUGGACGGCCGUCUGUCCUGCAGCGAACACGACCCGUGCGGACCCGAGCCUCUAGAACCCGGUGAGAUCCGCGAAUACAUCCCAGAACAUGCUAACGCCUACCCGGUGAAGCCUGUACCGCUUUAUCAAACCCCGGCAUGUCAAAGCGGUCCUUCUGCUCAACCCUCCAACAGUUUACUGAUUUCCUCCAGCCCUCCUUCCAGUCCUUCACUCGCAGUCGCUUUUAGCAGUGCGUAUUCGCCCAUAUCCUCCUAUGGGGAGGAAGAAGACUCGGCACACCAGGACGAGGACGCUGAAUUGGACGGUGCGAGAAUCAUUAUACAGGACACAGAAGAAGGCACCCAGUCAGAAACCCAGUAUAAACAAGGUCUGAAAGUUACGCUGAGCGUAUAAUAUUCUACAGACCUGAAAACAACUGAUCACGCCUGAUUUCUCCUUCACUACAGAACCGUAGGACACGACCAGCCGUAGCGGGAAAAAUUCAUCGCGGGUGGAAUUCGGCGAUGCUUACCAGGAAAAGGAUAAUCGAACCCGACGGAUUUAGUCUUUCUUUUUUUUUUUUAUUCUUAGAUUGUACACUUUGACCUUUGCACAAUUUUUGCAGUUUGCUUUUAGCCGUGCGAAGUAUGAACCCACGACACUUUGACAAACUCUUUACUUUAAAACAUGCUUCGUUUGGAAGACGCUUUGGGACAUAAGUCAACAUCUGAAGUCAACACAAAUACACUUUUGUUUCUCGUGAAAAAGUUUGUGCACUCACCACUUUUCUAUCUUGUCAGUAUGAGCCCUGGUUGGUCAGCAGAGAGCCAAAAAUAAGCCCAAACUCCUGUUUUUAUGCCUAAAUUAGGGCACGAUCGCUGACCUGAAGCCGAUCGAAGACGUAGUCUGCACUUACCACUUUACAAACCACUUUUUAAAGAGAUUCAGAUAUUUAAAAUACCUGCCCCUUCCACAGAAAAUACACUUAUUAUUUAUUUAUUUCCCGAUAAAGAUAAAUCGAAGACAAAAGGCACCGACGCUGGAUACGCCAAGCAAGAUAUUCUCUGACAGUGUGCGUCCUCUGUUUGACUUAAAGACGUAAUGCCUUAUUAAUAUGUUCUCGUCCCGAACGGAUCGCCGGCGUGAUUAAAGCACUAAUUUUUUAACACUAUGUUACUUACAUGAAGUAAUUAGGUCUAGUGUCUGAAUCUCUUCCGCAGUAUUGUGUUGUUAUUGUGGUCUUAUAACCACCAGCCCUGCGUUUCAGCCCAGGCAGCAGUUUUGCACUCCAGAGAAGUCUCUUAUUUCGGAAAACGUUCCAGGAAAAGUAUUUGAAUUGCAUCUGAAUUGUAAUAUCCACUCAAUGACCACUUUAUUAGGAACACCACACUAAUAUUUCUGCUUUGCUUUCAGAACAAGGUGCUGGAAACUUUCCUUUGAUAUUUUGCUCCAUGGACAUCGUCCAUGAUUUAUCAGCUGCACGUCCAUGCUGCUAAUCUCUUGUUCUACCAUGUGACCGAGGACGACAUUGAAGUACCCUGAACUCAUUGAGAUUUUCUUCCACGACAAGGCGCAUCGUCAUGCCAGAAGCGUAGACCUCAAGACCUGUCGGUGGCCGUAAAGGAAUGCACGUGGUCAACAACAAAACGUUCUUGGUAACAAGGCAGUACCUUCUUGGUAACAUUCCCCACACCAUUACACUACCACCACCAGCAUGAACCGGUGACACGAUUCAACAGUAGACCCUCUGGUCCUGCAGCAGAAAUCGAGCUACAUUAGAUGAGGUGACGGUUUCACAAUCUUCCAAUCGACUCUACAGAUUUCUGGCACCAACAACAACACUAUCAAAGUGUUCAUUAUCAAACACUAUCAUGUGAACAUUAACCCGAGAGCUUAAUCUCUAUCUGGAGGACCCAAUGGAAACUCGAUUCUGCUGCUACUUUCUUGUCUGAACGAUUAAGCAGAGAUAUAUGUGUUCCUAAUAAAGUGAUCAGUAAGAGUAUAUCGGUAAAUAUUUAUAUUAUGAACACCGUACAAACAGAAAGGCGUCGAUAACGUGCUGAUCUUAUGGUGAAGAUUGGAUUAGAUACAUAAGAUUUAUCACUUGACUUGUUUUCUCGAUGUCAUUUGUUUUCAUCGGUUCAUUUUUUUUUUCGAUUCUGUGGUCAAACGCACACAAGGGGCUUGGAUUCGACGUCCCACUGCUGAAACGUUUUAGGAGAACCCGUAUUUAUGCACUCGUGCUUCUGUAGUUGUACACUGGAGGCUAAUGGACCACCAGCGAGCACUGCGCAUACUGAUAAUGUCAAAAAAAUCUAAUCUAAAAAACAACAAGGAAGAUAUUGAUCAAUAUAGAUAGCUACAAGCAGCGAUUUAGGGGGCCAAGCACUCUGGCUCUAUCUAUCUUUAGUGAUGGAGGAAGGCCACACUCCCAAGGAGAAUCUACAAGAUUUAAACGCAAAAAACAUCAAAAGAUAUUGCCUCACUUCCUGCUUUCAGUCCUUUCGUGUUGCGGAUUAUUUCGAUUCUUGUUUCUUAAUUUUGGGUCAUGCUGCUAAGUGUCUGUCAAGUUUGUUGUCAGUAUGUAAAAGUCUCAUGAUGAAUUUGUAGAAGAGGCAAAAAAACUAAAAAAAAAAACCUCCUCCGUGUAGGUAAUUAAAUCUUAAUCUUAAUUGAAAGUCAAUUCUCUUUAUUAUCGUUAGUGCUUGGCCCUCUAAUAAGCUUGAAACGAUUCAUUUCCCAUGCCUUCUGUCACUUAUUUCUUUCUUUCACGAGUAGAAAACUGUUUUGAACUAUUAUAUCAAGAUUUAUUCUGUUGUUUCAUUACAUUUUUGAUACAUAAUCUGCAGUUUUACUCAAUUCCUGUCAACUGCUCGGCCACGUCAUCGGUCCAGGUGGUUAGCAUUAGCUCCCUUGAACACCAAACAUGACCAAAUGACUCUAAUGUACGGUGACUGUUUUGCACCACCUGCUGGUAGAACACAAACUACACCCAAAAUGUGAGAGGAAACCUUAAGAUUUCCCAGCACAUCUUCUGCUGUUUGUUUAUGGAGGUUAUAGUGUUACAGAAUGUGGCUAAUCCUGAUCAACGAACAGGAAUAAAAUGGCUAAUUUGUUGUGUAGAUUUGUACAGUAAAGCUCUAUAUUAAAGUCACAAAACAAGCAGAUCCUGGAGCUCGCUACAUGGUUGGUGUACAAGUCACUGCGGAAAUUUGUACCGUAACCAUUUAUAAUUUUUCUACUCUUAACCCGGGGCAGAGAGUCUUAACCAAACCAGAUGCCUCUCUUUGCAUGUUUUGCUCUCUUGUAGCUACCAUUUGCAAACCUGCAGAAGCGUAGAGAUGUAGCGCAGAGAUGCUAAUCAAACGGUUAAGUGUAGUUUCGCUUUAAAAUGAUGAUCGUCGCACUGCUUUGGAUCUGAAUGUUAUUCAUUUGUACACUGUAUUCCUGUAUAAAAUGACAGCUUGCUAUUAGAAGGGUUGUUUUUUUUUACACUGCCAUCCUACUGCUUUGCUCUGCUUCCUCUUCUUCUUGCUGUACUGGAUGAAAGAGAAAAGAAAAAAAAAGACAAUGCUGCAUUGUGAGAGCGUUUAAUUGUCCUGUAGCGCUUUGUACAUAAUAAAUGACAAGUACAGAAAGUU